AUGGAUGCAGAGGACGAGGGUGAGGCGUCCCUCAUGAUGAUGAGGGGUGAUCAGGAGGAUCGCCUUCCCUAUGGCCGCACCAUGCGGCACUUGGUAGCCUUGCACGAGGGUGGACUCCACAUUCUUGUGGACACCGGUGUGACACAUAACAUCAUCGACGAGUCUCUCGCACUUCGAUUGGGUUUGACAAUGCGCCGCUUUCAGAUGCGGGUCACUAUCAGCACUGACGAUCGCAUCAUCAGCCGUGACCUACCGCUUGUCAUUGAGUGGGAGGUCUUCUUCAUUGACGGCUACACCUUCCCUUUGGUGGGUGACACCAACAUCAUCUUAGGGACUCCGUGGCUUUGCAGCUUGGGUCCUAUUCUCUGGGACUUUGCUCGCUUGGAGAGCAAAUCCUUGCUUCUAGAUCGCAUCUACGAUGGCCAGUUCUUCCACCUCCCAUCCAAUCCUCUCCUCACCAGCACCAUCUCUGAGAAACUUUCCAAAGCCAACCAUGCUUUGUGGAAGGCGCAAGUGCGGGCUGCGAUUCGCGGCGCACGUCUUGACGGCCAUCUUACAGGUGCGUCCAAGGCACCUGAUGCUGAGAUCAAAGACAAGGACAGGAAGAAGGUUCCCAACCCGGCGUUUGAAGAAUGGGACGCUGUCGAUCAGCAGAUCCUCAGCUUCCUGCUUUCAUCGCUAAGCCGGGAGAUCCUGAUACAAGUCUCCACCGCCAGCACUGCAGCACAAGCAUGGCGGUCCAUUGAAGACAUCUUCGGCUCACAAACUCGAGCAAGGACUGUAAAUCUACGGAUUGCAUUGUCCACUACUAAGAAGGGUAGCUCGACCGUAGCUGAGUACUUCGCCAAGAUGAAGAGCUACGGCGACGACAUGGCGGCAGCCGGACGACCAUAUCCUAGAUCUGUUAGCAAGUCGAGUGCUCCAUUGGAACUUGUGUUUUCUGAUGUUUGGGGUCCAGCACCCGAUGUUCAUGGGUAUACUCUUCCUUAUACUUCACCUGAUUUUUCAGGACUACAAGCUAAAAUUUCCUCUGGUGGUUUUGUAAAGAAUACACUGUUCAAUCUUACUUACAAAUUCAAGCAGUUUAGAAUGUUGAGAGGAGCUAAGCACAAUGAAGCUGCUGCCAUAUGUGACAAAGUGGCUUUUAGUAAGGUGAAAGAGGGUCUUGGUGGAAAUGUUAGAGUUAUUUUAUCUGGAGCUGCUCCACUCGCCACCCAUGUUGAAGAAUACUUGCGAGUGGUGACGUGCGCGCAUGUCAUACAAGGAUAUGGUCUCACGGAAACUUGUGCUGGGUCUUUUGUCUCGUUACCAAAUCAGAUGUCCAUGAUAGGGACUGUUGGUCCUCCAGUGCCAAAUAUUGAUGUUUGUCUGGAGUCUGUCCCAGAAAUGGAUUAUGAUGCACUUGCGAGUUCAAGCAAUGGACAAAUCUGCAUCAGGGGAGAAACGUUAUUCUCAGGAUAUUACAAACGUGAAGACCUUACAAAGGAGGUCUUGGUUGAUGGAUGGUUCCAUACUGGUGACAUUGGUGAGUGGCAACCUGAUGGAAUUAUGAAAAUCAUAGAUCGCAAAAAGAAUAUAUUCAAACUUUCACAGGGAGAAUAUGUGGCGGUUGAAAAUUUGGAAAAUAUUUAUGCACUUGUUUCUGCUAUAGACUCGAUAUGGGUAUAUGGGAGUAGCUUUGAGUCAUUCCUUGUCGCUGUGAUAAAUCCCAACAAGGAAGCUCUUGAGAGUUGGGCUGCAGCGAAUGGAAUAGAUGAUGAUUUUGAGGCAUUGUGCCAGAAUCCUAAAGCAAAAGAAUACUUUUUAGGAGAACUGUCGAAAAUAGGAAAAGAGAAGAAGCUCAAAGGUUUUGAAUUCAUAAAAGAUAUACAUCUCGAACCAGUGCCGUUUGACAUGGAUCGUGACUUGAUCACUCCAACAUACAAAAAGAAGCGGCCACAGUUGCUCAAGUACUACCAGGGUGUGAUUGACAACAUGUACAAAAGGGCCAAGUGA